CCGACCGUGACGUCAUUAAAAUACGUCUUCGCUAACUAAGCGACGGAAGUGCAUACUUUUUUUUUUUUACCAGAGUAUCGUUUCCUGAAGCGGGAACCAGUUUUAUGGGAAUAAUCAAACAUUUGCACGGCUGUUACCUGAUUAGACUGAAAUGAGUUUAUUUGGGACAAACGCGGGCUUUGGGUCUGGAGGGACCGGUGUAUUUGGCAGUACCACCACAGACAGCCAUAAUCCAAUGAAGGAUGUUGAAGUAACUUCGCCACCCGAUGAUAGCAUAAGCUGCUUGGCAUUCAGUCCUCCUACGAUGCCUGGGAACUUUCUCAUCGGAGGCUCGUGGGCCAAUGACGUGCGUUGCUGGGAAGUGCAAGAUAACGGUCAGACUGUACCUAAAGCCCAACAGAUGCACACUGGCCCAGUACUGGAUGUGUGCUGGAGUGAUGAUGGUAGUAAAGUCUUUACCGCUUCAUGUGAUAAAACUGCCAAGAUGUGGGAUCUGAACAGCAAUCAGGCCAUUCAGAUAGCUCAACAUGAAGGUCUCAGGACAAUUCACUGGAUUAAAGCACCAAACUACAGCUGUGUAUAUCCCAUGGCUGUUGUUAGCCACUGCAGAACGGGUCUUAUUGUUUAUCAGUGAAAUCAGCCUUCAGAGUUUCGACGUAUAGAGUCACCCCUUAAGCAUCAGCACCGCUGUGUGGCUAUCUUUAAGGACAAAAGAGGUAAGCCUACUGGUUUUGCUGGCAGCAUUGAGGGACGAGUUGCCAUUCAUUAUAACCCACCUAACCCAGCCAAGGACAUUCACCUUUAAGGCCACAGGUCCAAUGGAACCAAUACUGCCACACAACCCCAAGAUAUCUAUGCCGUGAAUGCUAUCUCCUUUCACCCUGUCCAUGGCACACUGGCGACAGUAGGCUCUGAUGGGCGCUUCAGUUUCUGGGAUAAAGAUGCCCGUACUAAGCUGAAGACCUCUGAACAAUUAGAUCAACCAAUAACAGCUUGUUGCUUUAAUCACAAUGGGAAUAUUUUUGCUUAUGCUUCAAGCUAUGACUGGUCCAAGGGACAUGAAUAUUACAAUCCCCAGAAAAAGAUAUACAUCUUUUUGGCGAAUGCAGCUGAGGAACUGAACCACGGAACAAGAAUGGUGAGAGUUGGAUAUCCAUUAUUGUGGAGACUGUGUCUUUCAUCGAGCAGGGCAGGGGCAUGUGUGCUGCCUAACUUGCUCUGACUUUCCGUUCGUGUG